CAGAUCCUCACCCGUCGGCCAGUUCUAUGACGAAGAGUUCAAGCCUUUGCACUGGGUGAAGUCGACUAGCCAUGGGACUCAAGAAGGAUCUCCUUCUUGUGCUUACUAUCGAAUCUGUUGUGCUAGGUGUCGUCCUCGGCUUCGUGAUUCGGCCUUUCAAUCCAAGCAAUGACACAAUCAGCUUGAUCGGAUUCCCCGGCGAAAUUUUCAUGCAGAUUGUAGAGAUGAUGAUUCUACCUCUUAUUAUUUCAUCUGUAAUAUCAGCUCUGGCACAAGUUCGAGCUCGUGAUGCUAGACAGAUUGGUAUUGUCACUGUUAUCUACUACAUGACUACCACAUUCCUGUCCACGUUCACAGGAAUAAUCCUAGUUUCUUCCAUUCAUCCUGGCGACCCAGCUCUUAUUCAUGCGCUUGGCGAGGGAACCUUAGAAAAUACUGCUUUGUCCACGCUGGACACAUUCUUGGAUCAAAUAAGAAACAUGUUCCCGGAAAAUAUUAUCCAGGCUACUUUCCAACAAGUCCAGACCUACUAUGUUCCCAUCAAGCCAAAAGUUCAGCGGACGAAUGGCACUUCGAACAUGACAGAAGUCAUAUUGCAGAAACCUCAACUAACCUAUACAAACGAAAUGAAUGUCUUAGGGCUGAUUGUAUUUUGCAGCGGGUUUGGUGUUAUAUUAAGCAUUUUGGGAGACCAAGCUAGGCUGAUGAUUAAUUUUUUCAUUGUGCUAGAUGCCAUAAUUAUGCGAUGGAUCUCUGCACUCAUGUGGUGCUAUCCCAUUGGGAUCCUUUCACUAGUUUGCAAGAACAUUGUAGAUAUUGAUAAUCUAACAGAAACGGCACAAGCUUUGGCAAUGUAUGUGGUGACAGUAAUCUGCGGUUUGAUGAUCCACUCAUUGCUGACGUUACCCUUGUUGUACUUCGUGGUAACCAGGAAGAGUCCAUUUGCCUAUAUGACUGGAAUGCUUCAAGCUCUUGCCACCGCUUUUGGAACUGCUUCCAGUACCGCCACCUUGCCUGUCACAUUUCGGUCUCUGGAAGAAAAUCUGAAAAUAGACAGACGGGUGACUCGUUUUGUGCUGCCUCUCGGCGCCACUAUUACUAUGGAUGGCACCGCUUUAUAUGAGGCUGUUGCUGUGAUCUUUAUAGCCCAGCUCCAUAAUGUAAAACUUACUCUCCUCGAAUUGUUAACAAUCAGUGUCACGACGACGGUUGCUUCAAUUGGAUCUGGUUCUGUACCCGCAGGACUCGACACCAUCGUCAUUGUUCUGACUACAGUGGGUCUACCAGCAAAAGAUCUUAGCUUACUGCUGACUGUCGACUGGUUGCUUGACCGAAUCCGAACUUCGGUGAAUGUCUUGGGUGACGGCUUUGGAGCAGGCAUCAUUCAUCACUUGACUAAGGACAGUCUCGUCGAGGCUGAUACAGAUGAGCUUAUUCGGCAGAUAAGAGAGGACAUACAUCACUUAAACAAUCCUGAGCUUGAAAUGCAGCUUAAAAGCAAUCAAAAUACCGUGCACAGUCACACCGCAAUACAAAUGCAGGCAGUAGAUUCCAAUGGUUCCUUUGAGAUGGAGAAGCCAGUGGCGCCGAAAACAACAAGAGCGUCCUUGGCUCCGGAUGAAUCAAAAGCGCUUCUUGCUGUAGAGUAUGUCGUUUGAAUGAAAAUCGUCUCUGCUGUAUUAUCAAGAGACUUCCCUGCGUUUGUUUGCAACUGUAAAUUCUAUUUUUUGUGCUUUGCCCUC